AUGGACGGUCGGCGUCUCGCGCCGGCGGACGCGCGCGAGGCGCGCGAGACGGCGGACGCGCGCGAGACGGCGUGGAAGGUGGACGUGCGCGCGCUCGAGCGAGAGGCGCGUCGACGGCGCGCGACGGACGCGCGCGGAGGCGCGGACGCGGACGACGCGGACGCGGGCGACGACGGUGGGAAGGCGGGACGCGCGACGCCGUUGGCGGUGGUGUGUCAGGACGUGCGGUACGAGGUGAGGGAUCGUAAGACGGGCGCGACGACGCGGUUGCUGGACGACGUCAGCGCGGUGUUUCCUCCGGGGGGGGCGUCGGCGCUCAUGGGUCCGUCGGGGGCGGGGAAGACGACGCUGCUGGACGUCAUGAGCGGGAGGAAGACGCAGGGACGCUUGCGCGGGCGCGUCGUCGUCGGUGCCGAGCCGGCGACGAAGGCGGCGUUGAAGACGUGCGCGGCGUACGUCGAGCAGUUUGAUUGCUUGCUCGCGUCGUUGACGGUGCGAGAAACGUUGAUGUAUCAAGCCGAGUUAAAGCGAGGCGCGGAAGGUUUCGACGCCAAGGCGCGCGAGGAGCAAGUGAAUCGAUUGAUCGAAGACUUGCAGUUGGAAAAGUGCGCCGACGUCGUCGUCGGCAGCGCUUUGUCGCGAGGGAUUUCCGGCGGGCAAGCAAAGCGCACGAACAUCGGCAUAAGUUUGGUCACUCGUCCUCGUAUUUUGUUCUUGGACGAGCCCACGAGCGGAUUGGAUUCGAAAACUUCGUACGAUUUGAUGCGAGUCAUUCGAAAAUUUUGCGACACCGCCGGAGUCACGGUCAUCGCCACCAUUCACUCGCCGAGCUCGGAGGCGUUUCGUCAAUUCGAUCGUCUGUUGAUGCUGAAGAAUGGCAAAGUCACCUACGCGGGUCCAUUAUUCGGCGAAGAGGGCGCAGAGACGUACUUUUAUUCGCUCGGGUUUUACUUUGAUCCGAACGAUAACUUUGCGGAUUUCUUAAUCGCCACCGCGGGCGACGAUUCGACGGAUUUUGCCAGAGAGUUUACGGCGAGUUUUCAUCACAAGCGUAAUCGCGACGAAGUGCGCAAGUACGUGCGAGAAGUGGUGAAUCGGCGGGAAGCAGGCGACACGCGAUCUCUGCUGCUCGCAAACGCCCCAAAACCUGUCGGUUUUGCGAGCGCCGUGCGCACGCUGUUAAAGUACCGCACGUCUCGAAAUUACCGCGACGCGCAAUUCGUCGGCGCGCGCUGCGCCGGGCACCUCAUAUUCGCCGCCGUCAUGGCGACCAUGUACGCGGGCCAAGGAAAGGUCAUGUCACUCGACGCCCAAAUCAACGUCUCUAACAUGCUGUUUAUGAACAACGUCCUCCCCGCGUUCGCUGCGAGUGGAUACUUGCCUUCAAUCUUGAUGGAACGCCCACUUCUGUACCGCGAGCUCGACGACGGAUGUUACCCACUCUUGGCGUACAUCGCGUACAAAAUCAUCGAAGAAGCACUCGUGGCGCUCAUUGUCUCACUCGUUGCGACUGCGAUCUUAUACAACGCCGCAGGUCUGCGAGGCAACUUCUUCGUCGAUUGGCUCGCGUACUUUGGCAUGCAACAAUGCGGCGGCGCCGUCGCCUACCUCUGCGCCGCCGUCGCCCGCGACGUCGACGCCGCCAACGCCAUCUUACCCGUGUACAACGUCCUUCAGGUCCUUUUCGCCGGUGUUUUACUCAACAUCAACGACGUCCCGCGCGCUUGGACCUGGUGGCCACCGACGUUAUUCGUUCGAUACGGCUGGAAGGCGCAAAUGCUCAACCACUUCGCUCGCGUCGAGCCUCCCGUCUUUCUCGCCGACGACGGCUCCCUCGUCGGCGUCACCUCGUAUUACGACGUCACCGGCACGACGUCGUCUAAUCUCGGUUUCGUGUACUUGCUCUGGGCGUGUUGGCUCGUCGUCGCCGCCGUCUGCACCGCGAGCGUGCGCCACCAAAAUCGUUAG